AUGCCUUCCACUACGAUGGAUGCAAAUGCAAUCCAGAAGCUCUAUGAGGUCUGUAAAGUAUCACUAUCUGAGAAGGGGCCUCUAUCUUCUGAAUCUCUCGACAAUGUUCGUGCUGUAUUAGACAUGAUUACCCCAUCUGAUGUGGGCCUUGAGUGCGAAGCUGAAGCUGUGCGUGUUUGGAGGAGUCCACGGGCCCUGAGUAGGAAAAGAGUUUUUCAUUCCAGCCCAGCGAUCAGAUACCGUCAUAUAUACGAGUGCAAAAGCUUCUCAAUUGGAAUAUUUUGCAUACCAGCAUCAUCCAUCAUUCCACUCCACAACCAUCCUGGAAUGACUGUACUCAGCAAAAUUUUAUAUGGCACGGCGCAUGUCAAAUCAUAUGACUGGAUUGACACAGCUGAAUCUCUUAACUUAUCAAAAGUGAGACCUGCCAAGGCUGUAAGAGACGGUGAAAUGUCUGCGCCUUGUGGGGCGAUGGUUCUUCAUCCAGAAGAAGGUGGCAACAUCCACGCUUUCAGAGCCAUCACUCCCUGCGCCAUCCUGGACAUCUUGACGCCCCCUUACUCUUCAGAGGAUGGGAGGCACUGCUCCUACUUCCGGAGAUGCCCAAGAUCAGACCCAUCGGGCGUUUUAUUGAACCGAACAAAGGGAUCUGAGUUUGUGUGGCUGGAAGAAUACCAGCCACAUGAUAACUUUAUCAUUAGAAGGGACCUGUACACGGGGCCAGCUUUAAAGUUAUGA